GUUAUCCUUCAAGAGUCAGCGUUCCAGCGUCAGCGUUCCAGCGUCAAGUUACACCAGUCGUCGUUAAGCGAGAUGCCUACCAACUUCAACGUUGAUAGAGCGAUGGCGGUGAUUCGCAACGAGCAUAGAAAGCUCCUGACCCUCACCUUCAGCAGCCAUUUUAUCUACCCAGGCCAGUUCGUCUCCAAGCGUGAUGCUGCCCAUCCACCACGUAUGUCGUUCCCUCGCCUCAAGGGCAACGGAACCUAUAUGAUCGUUUGCCUUGACCUUGAUGCCCCCUUCCCUUCGUGCCGCGUGCUUGGCCCUAAGUGCCACUGGAUCCAGUCUGGUCUGGAGCCGAUUAUGAGCGAAAAUGGUCACUUCUUCCUCAGAGUGGCAGCACCUUUCAUCGCCAACUACGUUGGACCUAAUCCUCUUCCCGGAAGUUCUCCACACCGCUACCUGUUCAUUCUCUACGAACAGCCUGCUGGCUUCGAACUCACUCGAUCUUCUCCCACCGGCGGCAAGAAGAUGGGAGUCUGGUCGCGUCUCCGUUUCGAUCUUGAUGGCUGGGCGAGAGAGAUUGGCCUUGGGCCUGUUGUUGGAGCCAACUAUUUCGUCAGCAAGUAGCUGUUGGCUAUUUUCUGUGAUUGCGUCGUUCGUUUCUGAACUUGUUUAUUCGCAGCACAAGACACGAAUCUGGUGAUGUCGUCGUGGCGGUGAAGUGAAAUCUAGCGGUCCGCAUGUUUAUUUUAGCAUGUGGAUGGGGUGUUGUGGCGUUGGGUUGUUCACACUGUUUGAGUUUGCUUCAUUCGCACACAAGAUGGAAGUUUCUUUCUGGUAAAGAGGUGGACUCGGACCUGUGCUUAUGUAUAUCUUAUGAUGUGACACGAUGUUGACCAUGUGUCAAACAGACUUCUAAAUAAC